CUUUUAAUUUUUAUAACUGCCUCACUAGCGAGGUAUUUCUCACCAGAGGUGAAGUGCCAGCCCCAAGCCACCCAGUUGGCCAGCGGCGGCGACCACAUUUCUGCCGCCUAGCACGCAGGUGCAAAGGCCAGGCUGCGCUCAGUGCCUCAAACCACGUGGCCGCGCCUGUGCAUAACAACACACAGACAGCCCGGCGCAUGCGCCGGCCUCAUCGCGCAAGCCGGAGCCUGCGUCGCUGUUGGGGGCGGUGCCAGCCUAGGGCGCAUGCGCCAAGGCUAGUGAGGCCGGCUUCCACGGUGGCUGGCGGCAGCCGCGGCGUCUCUGCUUCCGUGUGGCGGCCGCGCGGCCCUGUGAUAGUCUGUAGAGGAUGCCAAAUGAGAGAAUCCCCUACUCAAGUCAAACUCAGGAGCAAGAUUGUUUACAAAGUCAACAUGUCAAUAAUAAUGAAGAAAUGGCAGUCAAACAAGAAAUUGAUGGUGAUGUGGAAGUGGAGGAAUGCCUCUACUCUCGCUCCCCUGAGGAAGGGCCAUCCACCUCUGCUGAGGGGUGUGCAUCAGCAGCUCCAAGGAGGGGGCAGGCCCUGCUGCACAUAGACAGACAUCAGAUCCAGGCUGUGGAGCCUAGUGCGCAGGCCCCUGAACUGCUGGGUUUGGGUGUGGAUGUCUAUGACCAGGAUGUGCUAGAGCAGUGUGUGCUUCAGCAGGUGGACAAUGCAAUCCAUGAGGCCAGCCGUGUGGCCCAGCUCGCUGAUGCAGAGAAGGAGUAUCGGUCAGUCGUGGAUGACCUCACGUCAUGUAUGUCAUCCCUAAGGCAAAUCAAUAAAAUUAUUGAACAACUUAGCCCUCAAGCUGCCAUCAACAGAGACAUCAACAGGAAACUAGAUUCUGUAAAACGACAGAAGUAUAAUAAGGAACAGCAGCUAAAAAAGAUCACUGCAAAACAAAAACGUCUCCAGGCCAUCCUUGGAGGAACAGAGGUAAAAAUUGAACUAGACCAUGCCAGUCUGGAGGAGGAGGAUGCAGAAGCUGGGCCAUCCUGUCUUGGCAGCAUGCUUAUGCCUGUCCAGGAGACUGCCUGGGAAGAGCUCAUCCGCACUGGCCAGAUGACACCUUUUGGUACUCAGAUCCCUCAGAAACAGGAGAAAAAGCCUAGAAAAAUAAUGCUUAAUGAAGAAUCAGGCUUUGAAAAGUAUUUGGCAGAUCAAGCAAAGCUGUCUUUUGAAAGGAAAAAGCAGCAAGCUUAUAAUAAAAGAACAGCUAGAAAAGCUCCAACUUCAGUCACACCUGAGUUGAACCCAACAGAAAAUGACAACAAACCAAACAAGAAAACCAAAGUUCUUUCUAAAACAGAUAAGCGCUUGAAAAAGCACAUAAAGAAACUCCAGAAGAGGGCUCUGCAGUUCCAGGGGAAAGUGGGAUUGCCAAGGGGAAAGAAACCCUGGGAGUCAGAUGUGAGGCCAAAGGCAGAGGGGGACUCUGAGAGUGAAGAGUCCGAGUACUUGCCCACCGAGGAGGAGGAUGAUGACGAGGCAGAUUGGGCAGGGGCAGACCUGUCCAGAGAUGGCACUGACUAUGAGCUGAGGCCUGUGCUCAAGGGCCAGAAACGGCAGAAGAAAGUUUCUGUGCAGGAGAUUGAUGACGACUUUUUCCCAAGUUCUGGUGAAGAAUCUGAAGCCACAGGAGGAGGAGGAGGAGGAGGCGGAGCAGGUCGGAAAGUAGCGAGAUGCCGAGACGAUGGAGAUGAAGAUUAUUAUAAGCAGCGGUUAAGGAGAUGGAAUAAAUUGAGACUGCAGGACAAGGAGAAGCGCCUGAAACUAGAAGACGAUUCUGAGGAAAGCGAUGCCGAGUUCGACGAAGGUUUUAAAGUGCCGGGUUUUCUGUUCAAAAAGCUUUUUAAGUACCAGCAGACAGGUGUUAGGUGGCUGUGGGAAUUGCACUGCCAGCAGGCAGGAGGAAUUCUGGGAGACGAAAUGGGAUUGGGCAAGACCAUCCAGAUAAUUGCCUUCUUGGCAGGUCUGAGCUACAGCAAGAUCAGGACUCGUGGUUCAAAUUACAGGUUUGAAGGGUUGGGUCCAACUGUAAUUGUCUGUCCAACAACGGUGAUGCAUCAGUGGGUGAAAGAAUUUCACAUGUGGUGGCCUCCGUUCAGAGUGGCAAUUCUACAUGAAACCGGUUCCUGUACCCACAAAAAGGAGAACCUAAUUCGAGAUAUUGCUCAUUGUCACGGGAUUUUGAUCACAUCUUACUCCUACAUUCGACUGAUGCAGGAUGACAUUAGCAGGUAUGACUGGCACUAUGUGAUCUUGGAUGAAGGACACAAAAUUCGAAAUCCAAAUGCUGCUGUCACCCUUGCUUGCAAACAGUUCCGCACCCCUCAUCGGAUCAUCUUGUCUGGCUCACCGAUGCAAAAUAACCUCCGAGAGCUGUGGUCCCUCUUCGACUUUGUCUUCCCUGGAAAGUUAGGCACAUUGCCUGUGUUUAUGGAGCAGUUUUCUGUCCCCAUCACCAUGGGGGGGUAUUCAAACGCUUCACCGGUGCAGGUCAAAACUGCUUACAAGUGUGCAUGUGUCUUACGAGAUACCAUAAAUCCAUACCUAUUACGAAGAAUGAAGUCAGAUGUCAAGAUGAGCCUGUCUUUGCCUGAUAAAAAUGAACAGGUCUUAUUUUGCCGUCUUACAGAUGAGCAGCUUAAAGUCUACCAGAAUUUCGUUGAUUCCAAAGAAGUGUACAGGAUUCUCAAUGGAGACAUGCAGAUUUUCUCUGGACUUAUUGCCCUAAGAAAAAUUUGCAACCACCCUGAUCUCUUUUCUGGAGGUACCAAGAAUCUCAAGGGUCUUCCGGAAGAUGAACUAGAAGAAGAAGAUCAGUUUGGAUACUGGAAACGUUCUGGGAAAAUGAUUGUUGUUGAGUCUUUGUUGAAAAUAUGGCACAAGCAGGGUCAACGAGUAUUGCUGUUUUCUCAGUCGAGACAGAUGCUGCACAUACUCGAAGUAUUCCUUAGAGCCCAAAAGUAUUCCUACCUCAAGAUGGAUGGUACCACCACAAUAGCUUCAAGACAACCACUGAUUACAAGAUACAACGAGGACAAAUCCAUAUUUGUGUUUCUUCUGACCACGCGGGUGGGCGGCCUUGGCGUUAACCUGACGGGGGCAAACAGAGUCAUCAUCUAUGACCCGGACUGGAACCCAAGCACAGACACGCAGGCCCGGGAGCGAGCGUGGAGAAUAGGCCAGAAGAGGCAGGUGACUGUGUACAGACUGCUGACUGCAGGCACCAUUGAAGAAAAGAUCUACCACCGACAAAUCUUCAAGCAGUUUUUGACAAAUAGAGUGCUAAAAGAUCCAAAACAAAGGCGGUUUUUCAAAUCCAAUGACCUUUAUGAGCUGUUUACUCUGACUAGUCCCGAUGCAUCCCAGAGCACUGAAACAAGUGCUAUUUUUGCAGGUACUGGUUCAGAUGUUCAGACACCCAAACGCCACUUAAAAAGAAAAAUCCAAACAGCCUUUGGAACAGACCACGAUGUUCCAAAAUGCAAAAAGUUCCCUGAUUCUAAUACAUCUGCAAAUGAUGCCACAUCAUCUGAAAAGGAAUCUGAGGCUGUAGGAGCCAAAGUAAUUGCAGUGACUUCUAAUCAAGGUGAUCUUUUCAAAGGUGACCCUCACAUGAGCAGUACUGUAACUAGCAGCAAUAGGCUUGGAGAAGAGACUGACAUGGUGUCUACACCAGAGCAGUCAUUGGUAAUUAGUGGAAAUGAGGAAUGUUCACAUUCUUCUGGAAUUGGCAGUAUGUCCAGGCGAUCUGGUGAGGAAAGCAUGGAUGAAAAGCAGGGUCUUUCGGAUGAAAGAGAAAGCUGCCAGGGUCAGAUAGAACCUCUCUGGGAAAAUGAACAAAUGGAAAAUAAUUUUUAUAAGCAUAAGUCAAAAACAAAACAUCAGUGUGUGGCAGCAGCAGAGACUCUGGAGAAGCAUGUGAGACCAAAGCAAAAGCCUAGGAACUCUAAGCAUCACAGAGACGCCAGGUUUGAAGGAACUCGGAUUCCACACCUGGUGAAGAAAAGGCAGUACCAGAAGCAAGAUGAAGAAAACAGGAGUGAGGCCAAGGAACAGAGCAAUGACGAUUAUGUUUUGGAAAAGCUUUUCAAAAAAUCAGUUGGUGUGCACAGUGUCAUGAAACACGAUGCCAUUAUGGAUGGAGCCAGCCCAGAUUAUGUGCUGGUGGAGGCAGAAGCCAAUCGAGUGGCCCAGGACGCCUUGAAAGCACUGCGGCUCUCUCGUCAGCGGUGUCUGGGAGCAGUGUCUGGGGUUCCCACCUGGACUGGCCACAGGGCGAGUUCUGGUGCACCAGCAGGACUAAAGAGCAGAUUUGGUCAGAAGAGGAAUUCUAAGUUUUCUGUGCAGCAUCCUUCUUCAGUGUCUCCAGCAGAGAAGUGCCAGGAUGGCAUAAUGAAAAAGGAAGGAAAAGGUAAUGUCCCUGAGCAUUUUAGCGGAAGAACAGAAGAUGCAGAGUCUUCAUCUGGGGCCCUCACCUCCUCCUCACUCUUGGCUAAAAUGAGAGCUAGAAACCACCUGAUUCUGCCAGAGCGGCUAGAAAGUGAAAGUGGGCACCUUCAAGAGGCUUCUGCCCCGAUGCUCACCACAGAACACGACGACCUUCUGGUGGAAAUUAGAAACUUCAUUGCUUUUCAGGCCCACGUUGAUGGCCAGGCCAGCACUAGGGAGAUACUGCAAGAGUUUGAAUCCAAGCUGUCUGCAUCGCAGUCUUGCGUCUUCCGAGAACUGUUGAGAAAUCUGUGCACUUUUCAUAGAACUUCUGGUGGUGAAGGAAUUUGGAAACUCAAGCCAGAAUACUGCUGAACAGUACUGCUUCCUAAACUUUCGGUUCACUUUAUCUAAUGGAAAUUUCUGAUUAUUAAUUGUAUUAAUAAUCAUGUUUGUUGACUAAAGUUGGCUGUACUGAAUAUUUACUUUGCAUGACAUCUACCUCAAAAUUAAAACUGUAAGGAAGAAGAAAUUCUUCUCUGAAACUUAAAAGUUUUAAUAAUGCUAAACUAAAACUAAAACAGAAAAUACCUGGAUUUUUUUUUUUUUUUUUGGCACUCUGAAUUAUGUUAUAAAAUCAGGGACCUAGCAUUUACUCCUUGGAGCACAUUUGUUCCUUUACCCAAAAGAUGUUGUCAGGGACCACAUUUGGAAGUUUGCAGAAAAGAAAUCUCAAGAAUUCUUUUUAUUGGUGCUAAAAACAGGUUUUACAUUCAGUCAGAGUUGUGUCAGAGUUGUUCAAUAAAUUAGUUCAUCAGUAUCUGUUAACAGCAUUAUUUUGAUACAUAACUUUUAAACAUUUAAAUUCAUUGUUUGCCACCCCAAAAAAGAUCAGAUGUAUCUGUUGUUAAUCAUAUUAAUUGCCUUUAAACAGUCCUCUUUUUAAGGUACUGUUAAAUUGGCGGGUAUUUUUAUUCAUAAAGCAUGAAAAUAGUGUGGAAUGAAAUAAGACAUGUAUUUGUGGAAAGUUGUAGUGUAUUCAGUUUACUAUGGCUUUAAGCAAAGGGCAUCUCUUUUUGACUGUUGGUUUUAGAAAAUGAAAUGUGUUAUCAUUAAAAAAUCCAAGCAGAAACAAAAGGCAGUCCAUAAAACCGCACAGAUGCACACACACAGCCAUCACGGCAGACCACAGCGGUCACAGCUGUCGUUACCAUAGAGUGACCCCACUCCGGGCCCCUCUCUGUGUGCAGGCUGGCGGGGGUCUUUGACCCUUUCUGCUUUCUUUGUGGAGCUAGCCUUGCCGAGGGUGCUGAUCAGGUCCUGUCGGAGCCCUGGCUCUCCUCCUAGGUUGUCUUCUCCAGUUGCCAUCAUCUCGUGCCUGCUUUUAUGACACUGUCGUUGGCUGUGAUGUUCAUGCCUGUUUCCGGGGUGUGGUUUUCAGCUAAGGCUGUUCUGUUUCUGACUAUGGCUUAUGUGCUUAUGGUUUUGUGAUGGUGUUGCCUUGGUCCUCACUUUAUUUUUUUAUUCUUGUUUUCCUUGUUUCCUUUUUAUGGUAAUUUUAUUCUCUCAUCUCUAAAGUCUUGUUUUGUUGAAUUCACUGUAUUUAUAUUUCUUCUGUAGCCAUCACAGUGCAAUUUGUUUCCUGGGUUUAUCUUCUCCAACCGCUGUUUCUCCUCUCUCAUUUUUCUGUGUUGUGCUCGUCUUCCGCUCAUGCCAUUUCUUUACAUCUUGCGCAGGCUUGCAGUGGACAGCUGUGUCCAGCCUUCCGUUUGCUCCCCCCUGUGGCCCAGCGAGGAGGGAGGUCUGGGGAGCCUCGCUGGGCUGUGUGAGGCUUUGUGGGAGGACACAGGUUUUGCUUUCACUGCUCUGAUAUUUUCUUAGGCCAAGAAUCAUUUCCUUAGGCAGAGAUGUCCUAGUUAGAGACAAUUCUUGCCAGGCUUUUCUACUUUUUUUGGAUUCUAGCUUGUUCAGUUUUUUUCUAUUUUUAGUGCGGUUCAUAUAUAUUGAAGGAGGGAGAUUAUAUUAUUUUGGUCACUUUGCCAUCAUUAUCUUAGAAGCCAUAGAAGGAAUUUUUAAACAGAUCAAUAAAUCUUACAUUUGAGUACUUGGCUGAGAAGGUAGUCAAAACUCAUGACUCAUUUGUUUCUGGGGACCUCUUUGUUUAUUUUUAUUUUUAUAAUCAUUAGCAUGUGAGGAAAUUGUGUUCCCUUUGUUCUCAGGGUGAAGGUUCUCAAGGUCAUGGGUGUGAAGCGUUUGUGCAUUGUAUCUAUAGUAUCUGAAAUCUACAUUAUACUGAGCUAGAGAAGAUGUAACUGCCUCUUCAAGUAAAAAAUACUGUCCAAAGUUACAAUGCAGUAAGAGCAAGGUGGUCCUUGUUCCAGUUCUGGUCUCAGUUCUGCCCCUGACAUGCAACCUUGAGUAGGUGGUGUCUCAGAAUGGAAAUCUGCACACAUUGUCAUCAUGUGACCUAGAUGGAGAGCAGUGCUGUGAGUAGAUUGGUUUUUAACAAUAUAGGGUAACUUAUUCAUUUAGAUAAAAUCUAAGUUUUAGAACUUUAAAAGCUUUGUACAAUUUAGAUAGAUUUAAUGUACUUAACAUGAUAUAUUGGUACAAAUAAAGGAUUUUAAAAUUUUGUCAAA